GUGUGUGUGUAACCAGAAGGAUUAGAGUGUGUUUCUGUGUUGUGGAUGGGGCUCUUGCUGAGAGAGCAAUGGGUUGCAAGGAGAAUCUUGCGCUGUUGAUUUUAUCUUGGCUUUAGAACUUCGAUGGGCAAAGCACAGAGCCCUGUGAGGAAUCAUGAGCCGCAAAGUUGUGAGGUCCAGUAAGUUCCGCCAUGUCUACGGGCAACCAGUGAAGGCUGACCAAUGCUAUGAUGACAUCCGUGUUUCUCAAAUGACAUGGGAUGGAAACUUUUGCUCUGUCAACCCCCAGUUCUUAGCCAUCGUCGUGGAGGCCAGUGGUGGAGGAGCCUUCCUGGUCCUGCCAUUGUCCAAGACUGGUCGCCUGGAUAAGGCCCACCCUGUGGUCUCAGGGCACACAGCUCCUGUGUUAGAUGUAGAGUGGUGCCCCCACAAUGACCAUGUUAUUGCCAGUGCAUCCGAGGACUGCUCUGUUAUGGUCUGGUCGGUGCCUGAAGGUGGUCUUACAAGAUCUUUGAAUGAACCUGUGGUGACUCUUGAAGGCCACUCUAAAAGGGUGGGGAUUGUAACAUGGCAUCCAACAGCCCAGAACCUCCUACUGAGUGCAGGCUGCGACAAUGUUGUAAAAGUCUGGGAUGUGAGUGUUGGACAAGCGGCCAUUUCCUUGGAUGAGUUGCACCCAGAUGUCAUCUAUAGUGCAGCUUGGAACCAGGACGGCUCUUUGCUCUGCACGGCCUGCCGGGAUAAGCAUGUGCGGCUUUUCGACCCCCGGGCAGGGGGCACCGCUGCAAAUGAAUUGCCCCGUGCCCACGAGGGAUCUCGUCCUGUUCGGGUCACGACUGUGAAGGAUGGGAAGCUUUUUACAACAGGUUUCAGCCGCAUGAGCGAGCGACAGGUGGCCCUCUGGGAUUUGAGAAAUCCUGAGGAACCAUUGACUCUUCAGGAACUAGAUACAAGCAGUGGUGUGCUCUUGCCUUAUUAUGACCCAGAUACCAACGUGGUUUACCUGACUGGCAAGGGUGACAGCAGCAUCCGGUAUUUCGAGCUGACUGGCGAAGCGCCCUACGUGCACUAUUUAUCCAUGUUUACUUCCAAGGAGUCACAGCGAGGAGGGGGAUGGAUGCCCAAACGAGGGCUGGAUGUCAGCAAGUGCGAGAUUGCCAGAUUUUACAAAUUACACGAGAGGAAAUGUGAGCCCAUUGCUAUGACGGUGCCCCGGAAGUCAGACCUGUUCCAAGAGGACCUGUAUCCUGACACAGCUGGUCCAGAUCCUGCCUUGACCUCAGAGGAAUGGCUAGCAGGCAAGAACGCAAGCCCCAUCCUCCUUUCCCUCAAGGAUGGCUACAUUCCCCAGAAGAGCCGAGAGUUCAAAGUCAACCAGACUCUCCUGCAGGGGCCCAAGAGAAGUCUUCCACACGAAAGGACACAGCAAGGGGGUCCAACUUUAGAACAGUUCUCAGAGGACCUGAAACGACUGCAAAUUUCUGUGUCGGAACAGGAGCGACGCAUCUUGGAGCUGGAAAGGAUUGUGAAGGAAUAGUUUCUCCCUCUCUUCCCGGUCUGGUACUUCAUGAGUCACAAUCAGAGGUGAUAUUCAGCCGGUUCAGACCGGUUCAGGUGAACUGGUAGCGGAAAUUGUAACUGGUUCACUGAACCGGCAAAUACCACCUCUGGCUGGCCCCCCGCCUGCCUGGUUGCCGCUCGCCCGCUCCUCACCCCGCCCGCUGCUUGCCCCACCCGCUUGCCCUGCCCUGCCACUCCUCAUUGUGUGGGUCCUCGCUUGCGCAUGCGUAGUCUCUGCUCUAAGUUGCCUGCCUAAACUGCCUUCCCACGUGGUGCGUGCCUGCUGCGCCCCAACUGAGCGGCCCUGAUCUGCCUCCUCCUGCCUACAGGUAAGCCUGCGAGUCGCGCUAGCCACCCCCCUGCCCGUACCCAGAGCUUGCCAUGGCUGCCCCACCAUCCCCUAGCUCUCCCAGGAGCCUCUGCCCGCUCACCUUGGCGGGGGAACACGCCAUUCCUUGGCUCCAGCCUGGCCCUGGACUCUCUGCCCGCUCGCCGCUCACCUUGGCCAGGUCAGGGAACUCACCAUUCCCCAGCUCCGGCCUUGCCCCAGGCCUCUGCCUGCAUGCCGCCUGCUCACCCUCUGCCUUGCUCACUUUCUGUUCCGAAGGACCGCCUCCAGAAGCCUCCAGCCACUGGUAGUUUUCGGCUGCCUUCCGAGCAGCUCUGCUGCGAUGCCGUCCCUCCGGCGCAGCAGGCCGUUUUCCUGGCCAGGUCUGGCUGCAAGCAGCACCGGUAGGCAAUGGGGUGCGCGGCCGGCGCAAAGAACAGGGUGGCAACGGUGGGACUUCACUUCAGGCCUCUUU